CCGUGCCAAAUGUAACCAAAUCAUGCUCGUACAUUGAAGUUAGUAGAUAAUACACACACGGCCAAAGGAGCACGGCGGACCGCUGUGGAUACACAUAGAAACCAGCUUGGGCACAUACCCUAGUGUAUUUGACUCGGAUUCAAAAAAAAAAUAUUUAAAAGAAAAACAUUUAAAGACAAAAUCAACGCUAAACGUUGCGCUAUCGCCCCGUGCGGUUGACAGCGCGGAGAAAUCUAAUCAAUGCGGGUUCCCUAGGCUAAACUCCUGCAGGGGUUAAGUUCUGUAAAUCCAAAGACUUUUUUGGCAGUUGCUGGCGGGGUAGCUUGCGGAAGGACGCUAUCGAACCCGAGUUAAACCGGGUGUUGAGAGAAUUCAGUAACUAUGUGAACUUGGAGAAUAUAUUUCAUCAUCAAGAAUAUUUCUUUCGGGAAACAUCGUACGUUGUUCUUUAAAGAUUUCCUCGGUGGUGCUGGGUUUUUAUCUGGUGUGAGGACAAUACCAUGAGCGGUGUGACCCUCCCCGCUAUCCCCGGGGCGGUUCCUCUGUACACCCGUUCUCUCCCCAACGGGUUCGACAGCUCGAGAUCCCGACCCUCGAGUAGCGGAAGUCAGUGUAGCGCCUACUCCAUUGUACCCCACGUCUAUUACGAUCAUUGUUCCUUCCGCACGCCUGGUUACGGCAACACACCCGGAAUCCCUCGGGCCUAUUCCAAACUCCCCUCCCUUCGAACCGGAAGGAAAUCUGGUUACAAUCCAAACACUGAUAUACGAGCAAGGUACUCGGCAAAAUUCCGCAAAACACCAGACCCGUUCAAGAAUAAACUCACAGCGGACUCCCCAUUCCUAAACAAGUCAACAGUUGAAGAUUGUUUGAAAUGUCUACUGAAAGUUCCACACAAAAGAUGCGAAUCGCACAAGUACAUCCGCGUGGGCGGGGGCUAUCGCCAUGGUUACUGGUAUGUCAAAUGUUUGCUGGAAGAAUUGGAAUUGCAGAGGCAAAGAGAACUUAUACUGAAACAGAGACUGGAAUCUAUUCGUGAGAAAAAUGUAAAGGCUAUAAAGACAUACAUCCGAACCAAAAGUGGUCGCCUUGUUGAAAGAAUAAUAUUUCUCUCCGAAGAGGAUUAUGCAGCUUUCAAAGAGGGUAAAAAUGUGCAGGACAUUUUAAAAAAGUACCUGUCAAAGGACGAAGCCCAAGGCCUCGAGUCUUGGGAUAAAGAUGAGGUGAAGGCCAUCAAGACAUACGUACGAACAAAAAGUGGACGACUUGUUGAAAAGCUGGUGUAUGUUUCUAAAGAGGACUACGAUGCUAUUACACAAGGAAAAGGCGAUGCAAAGGCGCUUCUGAAGAAAUAUGCAAAGGAUGGAGAAGUGAUUGAAGGCUGGGACGAAGCCAAAAUGAAAACAAUCAAAACGUACGUCCGAACCAAAAGUGGACGACUUAUUGAGAAAACAAUCAUGAUCUCACAAGAAGACUAUGACGCGAUGAUCAGAGACGGAAAAGACCCAGCGGAGAUAUUAAAGAAAUACAUGCCGCUUGGAGACGGUGAAACUCUUGAAUCUUGGAAAAGUGCGGAACCGAUGAAAGCUAUCAAAACAAUGGUGCGAACAAAGAGUGGACGUCUGAUCGAAAAGACCGUUUACGUGUCAGCAGACGAUUACGAAAGACUUCAAAAAGGCGACGCUGAUUUGAACGACAUUCUUGGAAAAUACAUGGGCGAGGAUGGCGGAACAGUAGAGGGAUGGAAGAAGGCAGACCCAACGCCCAUGAAAGUCGUGAAAACGUACAUCAGGACAAAGAGUGGGCGUCUGAUUGAGAAACAAGUGCUUCUGACCGAGGAGGAAUACAAACAAUUCAUGGAAUCAGGCGGUAACCCGGAUUUCCUCAAGAAAUUCAUCGAACUGGAGAAAGGGGAAGUAAUCGAUUCAUGGGAAAAGGCUUCAACGGUGUUUUCUGGUGGGGACGACGAAGAAAUAAAAAAUGCAAAAGAGGGGCAGAGAAUCGUGGGAAAAGACGGAACAGUGUAUGAAGUUGUAGUGGAUCCUCUCACAGGAAAAAAAUACAAGAAGAAAGUUGGCAAACAGUCCGAUAUUGACAGUGGCUUUGAGUCUAUGCAGAAGGGCAAAGGAGGCAGGGGACGCAAAGGUUUGGGUAAAGGAGAGAUUGACCACGAGGAGACGGCAGAAGAAAGACGCGCACGCAAACAAGGGAAGCGUGACGCCGGAAGUGACAGCGAGUAUAGCUACAAAAGCGUGUACAGUGCAGGGGGAACAAGACACGUUCGGAGAAGGCGGAAGCGGGCGGACGGAACGCGCAGUGGAAGCGAAUCUUAUCACAGCGAUCAGGAUGCUGAUGGAGAGGCGCGGCGCAGACGCAGGAGACGAGAACGCGAACACGCCGGAAGUGCACACAGUUACUACAGUGUCACGAGCGAGGGUGGCACACGUCACGUGAUGCGACGACGCAAGCGCGAGGAUGGCACCUACAGUGAUCCAGAGUCAUAUCACAGCGCUGACAGCUUUGAGGCAGGCGGACGAAUGGCCGAUAAGAAAAAGAAAGAGAAGGAGAAGAAGGAAAAGAAAACCAAACAGAAUAGAGGCGGCGAGGAUAGUGAUCACAGCUACUACAGUGAGACAAGCGAGGGAGGAACGAGGAGAACCUUAAGGAAAAAGAAGAUCAGAGACGCACAGGGUAACGUCAUCGGCUACGAAAAACCUAGGGAGUACGACGAAGAUGAAAUCAGUGUUUACACUGAGGUUUCGGACGGAAAAGGCGGGAAAAUGAAGGUGAAGAAAGAAAACCCAAACAGCAAAAAGGCAAAGGCCAAAGCCGCAGCCAAAGAGGCAGCAAAAGCCAAACUGAAGCAGAAGUACGGAAAAGAUUUUGAUCCCGUAUUUAGUGACUGUACAACGGAUGAUGAUGACGUUGAUCUUGAGAAUAUGACGGAAGAAGAGAAGAAGGCGUACUUUGAGGGAAAGGCCAAGCGUGCGGCCGAGCGAGAGAAAAGAAGGAGGGAGAAAUACGGGGACAAAUACGAUGAAAUGAUGUCCAAACAUCAGGAACAGAAAAAACUCUUGGAGAAAGAAAAGAAGAAAGCUGCUAAGCUUGCGGAAUUGCGAGAGAAAGGCUUGAUCUCGCCUUCAUCGGACUGGACAAUAGAUUCAGACACGGGGGAACCUCUCCGCAAGAAGGCCAAAGAAAAAGUAAAACAAGAGCGAAAGGAGCAAAUGAAACGGAAGAAGUUACAGGAGGCGCGAGAGAAAGGCUUAAUCAGCCCGUCAUCUGAUUGGACGCUGGAUUCGGACGGGGAACCAGCUAGACGAUCGGAUCUAGUCAAACAAGGCAAGCGCCCUCCACCAGAGAAGGGAAAAGGAAAGAAGAAGGGCAAAGAUGGAAACGAGGCUGAUGAUGAAAGUGAAGAAGGAAAAGGUAGACGUGGUUCAAAGGUGCUUAAAAAAAAACGAGGGAGUGUUGCAGGCCUAGAUACUGCGCGAAGUUCAAAGAAAGGCGGAGCUGGUAAAGGCGGAAGUAAGAAAGGAAAACUUACCGGAAAAGAGAAAGCAGCGUUCAAAGCCGGAAAACGCAACAACGACAGCGAUAGCGAUUACAGCUACAGAAGCGUUGUCAGCGCCGGGGGGACUCGACACGUGCGCAGGCGCAAAAAGAAUGCCGAUGGCACUUACGGUGAUAGCGAAUCAUACCACAGUAGCCAAGACGAAGACGGGGAGGCGAGACGAAGAAAACGCCGACGUGAUAGAGAACAUGGUGAUGAUAGCGAUCACAGUUACUACAGCGUCAUUUCCGCCGGCGGGACACGUCAUGUGCGCAGGCGUAAAAGAAACCCCGAUGGGACGUACGGCGAUAGUGAAUCGUACCACAGUGGAGAUACUGAUCCCGAUUUGAAGCGCGAACUGACAAAAACAACAAAAACGACAGAGGAGUCGGACAGUGAUUACAGUUACGCAAGUGAGAGAAGUGUUGGUGGAACGAGGUAUGAGGUAAAACGGAAGCGUUUACGAGACGCGGCUGGCAAAGUGAUUGGACAUGGCGAUAAAGUGGUUCUAGGGGAAGCCGUCAGCGAUGCAGAUUCUGUAAGAACGCGACGAGGUUCAAUUGAGGAAGGGAACGAGCCGCCAACACAUGUUAAAGAAGUUCUGAAUGACGCCAAUGUCACCUUACAAAAAAGAGGAAUAGGAUCCAUUGGAGAUAUAUCGACGGCAGGCUUGGAUGACCUGAUAAAGAGAUCAAAAUGGCCAGGUGAAGGAUUGGAAAGGAUUGCUUCCCAGCUUACUCCAGAUGAAUUCAGCGAUGCCACGACGGACGACAAUGUCGAUCUGUCGAAGAUGACAGAGGAGGAAAGGGAAGCCUAUCUACGAAACCGAGAAAAACGAAGAGCAGCUCGAGAGAAGCGAAGACGAGAGAAAUACGGCGACAAAUAUGACGAAAUUAUGAAGAAAAGAGAACAAAAACGCUUCGAUCAACUAAAAAAAGAAGAAGACGAGAAACGAGAGGGUGCUGAUAAACUCGGGGUGGGGAGUAGAAGGUCGUCAAUGAGAAGAGCAAGUACCAACUUAGACAAGGAUAAAAUCAAAGACCGUCCCAAAAGCAUGGUAACCUAUGAGAAAGGACCGCCUCGUGACCUCGGCCACAACCAGAAGAUUGACAAUAGAGAGAUAGGACUGAGUCAUGAAUCAUGGGCAAAAGAUAAGAACGACAAGAGUAGAAGAGGUAGUAGUGAUUCUUCUGCGGAUAAUCCACGAAGAAUGUUGCGAGAAUCCACCAUUUUAAAUAAACUCCCAUCCAUUCCACAAGGAAAAAUGUUUCCUUCAGACAGGAGAGGAAAAAGAGGUGAUGGACGUGGAAACGAUGGUUCAACAUUGGAUGGAGAAGAUAGCACAUUUGUUGGUUCUGAAAAUACUGAAGACAGACAAGAUGGGAAUGCAGAUAAAGAGCGGGCUAAAUCGCCAGUGUUAGAACGAGGGGCAGAUGGAAAAUUACGCCCUAAGAAGAAAAAGAUCAACAUAAAUGAUUUAGACGCAGACACAUUGCGGAAGCUAGGCAUUGACCCUAACCUUUCCAAGAAAGAGAUUGCCAAAAAGCUCAAGGAACUAUUUGGAGAUGACAUGCAAAUAACUGAUGGAGAAAAUGUAAUUGGCACAAAAGGUAUUGAUGAAUUCGACCAGGACAUGACUGACGAACAGCUAGCUGCAAUGGAAGACUUGGAUUUGUCAACUGUUACCGGAAAGAGACGAGUCAAUAUAUUGUUCCAACGUGGAGGGUCCGCUUUGCGUCGCCAUUUUGAAAGAAUACUGAAAGCAUGCAAACUUAGGGAAGAGAAAGCUAAAGACAUUGACGAGAGAGAUUCUAGCAUUGAUUUUCUCAAUCACUAUCGACUCGUGGAUCCAAUGAAUCUUGAUGGCUACGCUAAAGCCUUUGUUGUUGAGGAUACAGACUACGACACAGUGCUGAAUUCCUCUGAUACAAAAGUUGCUCUAGAUGGAAUAGAAAUGCUGCAGCAUUUGACAGAGAAACAACUGGACUAUGUCUUUAAGGUGCUACACAUUGAUGAAGCGUCACAAGUGACGUUUAAAAUGUUUGCAGUCAUUACUGCGCUGUGCGAAAGAGUCACCAAUAUGGAUGAGUUAAGUAAACAUUUACUUGACAUCUGUAAUCUGGGCGAUGUUGAACGAAAGCUAGAAUUGUAUAAAGCCAUGUUUUACCACAAUAUCCCGUCUUAUCGAGACACCAACUACGUCACUUCCGAUUCACUAAAAAUAGAACUGAUUGCCGGAGGACUGAACUGGAAACAACAAGAAUUUGUCAUGGAAAAGUUGGAACCGUCCAGAUAUGGAGAGAUCUCAUUCUUGGAUUACAUGUGCUAUAUUCCUUUAUUUCUUUCCAUGCAUGACAAUAUAUGUUACAACCCGUUGGACAUGUCCAACAAAAAAUAUCAAAUGCCGCCACGCAAACGCCCACCCUCAGCCCAGAGGGAUAUGAAUCCCUUGGGUCAAAGGCUAAAGAAGACAUCCGACUUCCUGAUGAAACGUCUGGCAAAGGAAGUGGCCGAGGGAAAAAUAAACGAAGAUAUUUUGCAGCCAGAAGAAAGAGAAUUGUUGAAAAAAUAUGCCGUUCUCCCAGAUAUCCGAAAUAUUCUAAAGACAGAGAGAGAAGAAACAGCGGAUGAAAUGUCAUUCAAAGACUUGAUUUAUUAGGAUUCAAAUCGGAUUAUUGAUAUAUGUACUUACGAAUCAUAUUUAAAAAAAAAUUCAUUCUAUAGAGACUGUAUCGACAUGUUUGAGUGAAUCAUUACAAUUUCAUAAACUCUAUCUCUAUUCAAAUUUAGUUGUAUUACAUUUGAUAUUUUAAAAGCAUAAACGUGAUAAAGUGUCAAGUUUAAUGCUUUUUUUUUAAAGAUGACGUCUUAAAAGAAUUUUAACCGUGUAUAUAGCUUAUACUUUCGUGUAGCUUAAGAUAAGGUGAUAAGAUAAGCUACAUGCAUAUAGGAAAGGAUUGUUGAUUGUUGAUGCUAAAAAUAGCAGGUGUUGUUUGCAAAUGUAAUUCAAAUAGUGCUACUUUAUCAUAUGUACAAAACACUACAUUGUACUUAUAUAUUUGUGUGCAUUUUGUAUAUAAAUCUUUAAUAAAAAAAUUAAUAUGUA